UUCCGGUGAAAAAGGGAAAAUGUUGUUUUUUUCCUUUUCUGAAGACGUGUACGUCAGCCGCUCCCUGCCUGCGUGAUGACGUCACGGGGGGCGUGUCCAAACAAAGGACAGAGGAGACUCCACAAUGGGAGACAGUUUUCGUGAGCAGCUGUUAGAGGACAGCGACUUCGUCAAGGCUGAGCGGAGACUGGACACAGAGCUGGUGGACAAAGUCAUCCUGCAGCUCAACAGGAUCUACCCUCAGAUCCUCUCAGACAAGGAGGCCACCAGAUUCCGAAACUUGGACGUGCCCACGAGUGUUCGGCUUGGUGAGCUCCUGACACACUUGCAGGGGAAAGGAGAGGAAGCAUGCAGGGAGUUUUAUAGAGCUCUUCACUUGCAUGUAGAGGAGGUAUACUACAGCUUGCCCACACGGCUCCGCCUCAGAGAUUCCUUAGAUCCACUCGCACACCCACGUGUCUACAAACAGAAACAUGUCUUGAACGACAGAGGUCCUCUAUUCUUUCUGGGCUGUUUCAGCGUCGCAGUGGGAAUGGCUUUACUCUAUUACUACGGUGAGACUAAAGUGACGGGAGGUAGCCGGGCCCUCGGGAUGGCUGCUCUGGGUCUGAAAAGAAAAGCUCAGGAGGUUCUCAUAUGGUACACUGAAGAAAGCCUCAUGAAGUAAAGGGGUCACUCCUUAACACCAGAUGACCUGAUAAAUGCUACUUGUACCAAAGCACAGCGCACACUAUAUCUUUUCAGGGGUUGAAUACUAAUUUUGUACACAGUUGUAUAUAUAGUAUUUAGCUUGUGAUCUAAUAUGAGAAAGAUGGGGUAAAUAUAGAGCUACAUUUGGCAUUUUCCUCUUAUUGCCUCAUAUGUUGAUACCUAUUUAAGUGGGUUAAAGGGACUGAAUAUGCUCGAGGGAUGAACACAGUGAAAUGAAAAACAAGCUGAUUUAAAUAAGUGUUGCUACAGUUUUUAAAUGUGGCAUAAAACAGCUUUUUACAAACCAAUUAAACAAAGAAAAUAUUGAUUGCACUAGUGAGAAAGUAAGGCAUUUUAAAUGACGAAAUAUUAACAAUUGGAGGUACAUUCUGGACCUCAUACAGGAUCCAGUUUUUUAGCUCUACAAAAAGGAUAGCCUCUAAUUCAUCGGUACAUUUUCUAGCCAUAUAUUAAUUAUCCUUGAAUGCAGAAAGCAUCAACCUGCAUUGUAUGUGCCUCCUUACACUCUGGUGCUGAGACUCAUUUAUUACAUUUAUUUUGGUAAUGAAGAUUUUUUACUUUCUUUUCUGCCUUUUUUCUUCUGUCUGUCAAGCAUACGUAAAUGUACUACCCAAAACUGAGUCAGAAACAAAGAUUAUAAUGUCAAUCAGUACUUUCAUGCCUCAUGAGGCCCAGAUCUUGACAGAACAUAACCGCCCUCUUGUGGCCAAAAGUGAACUACAUCACCCAACUGCACUGAUGUGUAGGCUUCAGAAGAGCUUCCUGAAACUCUGCUUCUCACAUUUAGACAAAAACAAAGAUAUUUGUCAUGUGAAAAGCCAGAAAUGAUAUCGAGCUGUGUCCGUGUAGUAGAUACUUUAGACAUUAGACGAGUUUUGCAGUCACGUGAAUGCUCUCUACCAAUCAUAUCCCGCUCUACCAGUGCAGUGCAUUAUGGGUAGAGUCACUACCCAAACUAAAAACAACAAAAUGUCGAAUAAAGAGUCGUAAUAAUGAAGCGUAAACACCAUCAACCCGUUUUAAAAGAAACACACAACAGCUGUGUGAAAUUAAAAAAAAAA